AUGGACAUGGGUUGCCUGGUUUUUAGGAUCAAAGUAUGUCAAGAAUUUUACUUUCUUAAGAGCUUUUGAGAGACUAUUUUGACUAAUCUCAGCAAAAAUACCUCCACCUACCUCAGAACAUUGUGAUGGGUUCACUUCAUCAGACUCUGAAGGCUCCAUAAGCAACACUUUCUGGUUUCAGCAAUGUCAUCUGUCUUGACAGUGGCAUUGUCUGUGGCACUCAAACUGGAUCUGAUCACAGGUCACAAAGGUAGUCCUUCCAAGUGUUCUUUGGUUACUUCGCUUCUCUGUCUCGAUCUUUUUGACUUUCAUGUACUCAGAGAAUGUAAGGAGAAGAUGCAAGACAGCUGACGUUCAGUCACUGUCGUAUGGUUCAGACUGUGCAGAGUUCCCGUUCUUAUGAGUAAGUGAGUGACAUCAGUAAUUUUAUUUCUGGAACACUAUGGAUCUCUGAGAUCACUUUCUGCCUCAGAAUAUCAUGACAAAAUAACAUGCACCUCAAAGUGGCCAAUGAAUUUUCUUCCAUUACCUUUCCCUUAGCCACAAAAACAACCUCUUAUCUGAAAUACCCAUCUGGUUAAGUCAUAAUUUAAACCUGAAGAGUAGACUUUCUUUUCAGAUGGCUCAUUGCUGCUAACAUUGAUCAACUUUUUGAAGAAGCCAUCUUAAUAAAGAAAAACAGAAUUUUAUAUUGCUGAAGAAGUCAUUUUAAUGAAGGAAAACAGAAUUUUGUAUUGCUGCGUGUUGUCAGAUACACUACCCACCUCAAAAGGGAGUUACUAAGUGGGAGGCCCAUCAUAACCACAAGGAGCUCAGUGCCCAAAGUCAUGCGACUGCAGUACCUCUAGAUUCAUGGUGCCCACCAGACCAGGAACAAGCCCAGCUUCUGUGGAGCUUCAAGUGUCUCCGGCUCUGGAGCCCUGCUUUGACAUACGUCAGAGAGUUAUGAGUACAAAACUGUCCAAGUGCAAAAUGAGCCUCUCUAGCUUCAUGACAAAUUCAGCUCUGAGUUAGGCCAAUUCAAACCUCACACCUUAGAAAAAAACUUGAUUUACCCUAGGAUUUUGUAGUACCAGCACUGAACAUAUUCAAGGUACUCUGAUGCUUGAUAUUUCUUAACAGUUGGGUGAACACUGAAAUGCUUAAAAUAUUCUAUAGUAUAAUAAAUUUAUAGGGGAUAUGGCAACUCCCUUCAGUUCAUAGAAGAUUUUUUUUUUAAUUUUUUUUUUUUGGUUUUUCAAGACAGGGUUUCUCUAUGUAGCUAUGGCUGUCCUGGAAUUUACUCUGUAAAGCAGGCUGGCCUUGAACUCACAGAGAUCCACCUGCUUCUGCCUACCUGAGUGCUGGGAUUAAAGGCAUGCGCCACCACUGCCCAGCCAUAAACUAUUUUUUUAAAGUUACAAUGCAAGCAAAAGAGUAAUAUUAAUAGAAAGUAGCCAAAGGGAAUUAAUUAAAGGCAAAACUGGUAAUGAAAAAUAUUUAAAAUAUGUUUAUUUACGUAGAAUAAGCUAAAGCACCCAAGUCAGCUGUUGAAGAUGAAAACAUCUGUGAAACAGAGAGCCUGGCGUGGAGCAUUGACUUACUUGUUUAGUGACAACACCCAUAAAAUAAAGACAAAAGUACUAAAGCAAUAGUAACAACAAACAUUACUUUAAUAAAGCCACUUUAAACCAUCCCAGUCAGGAGAACCUUCUGAAGGAAGUCCAGAAUAUUCCAUGCAGAGGAAGGACCAAACACAAAGUCAUGAAACAACAUUUGCUGUCUUGGCAACUCCAAGAAACUUGUAUUAGGGAGUGUUGAGCAGAUCGGCAGGAGAUGGGGCUGAAAAGCAAGGGAUGGAUGGAAAAAAGAUUGGUUCACCUAGCAAAGAGAGGUACUGGGGAUCCACUGAGGGGCAUAAAUCCAACAUCUGAGGGAUAGAUGAGUGUGAUAGCUGGGAUUGGUGCCUAUCCCCACUUCUUAUAUUUGAACACUUGGCCGUAAGCUAGUGGCACUGUUUGGGAAGUUGUGAAACCUUUGGGAAGCAUUAGGGAGUCAAUUCUCUCCACCCACCUUUACUUGGAUUCUAGGGAUGAAACUCAGGUCACCAAGGUUUGGGGGAAAGUGCCUUUACCUGCUGAGCCAUCUUACCAGCCUAUAAGAUAAAUUUUAAUACAAUAAAAAUUUCUAAUGUAAUCUUAACCAUGAUAUAUGAUGGCUCAGUUGGUUAAUAAAUUUUCAAAUAUUUUAUUUUAAUAAUAUGAGGAAAUGAUCAAGAUAGGAAACUGCAUUGGAGACAUAUGAUUAAUUUUAUGUGUUAACUUGACCAAACUAAGGGAUGUCCAGAUAGGUAGAACAUCACUAUGGUCUUGUGUAUCUACGAGGAGAUUAAAAUUUGAAUCAGUACACUAAAGAAGUGUAAUCUCCCCAGUGUGGGUGGGCAUCAUCUAAGCCAACGAUAACCCCAGUAGAACACUAAGGUAGAGUAUCCUAGUUAACAUUACAUAGUCUGGGGUCAGCUGAGAAAUGAGUCUCAAUUGAGCAAUUGUCUUUAUCAGGUUGGUCUUUGGACAUGUCUCUGAGGGGCUGUCUUGAUCCGUAAUUGUUUAGAAGGGCCCCGCCCAUGUGGGCAGUAUCAUUCUCUGCACACAUAGUCCUAGACUAUCCAAGGAAAGUAGGUGAGCCGAGCCUGUAAGCAAGUCCCCAAGCAGCCUUCCUCCAUGGUUUCUGCUUCAAGUUGUACUGCUUGGAUUUUGGCCUCGACUUCUUCAGUGACAGACCCUGACCUGGAAGUGUAAGCCACAUAUACUUUCCUGACCUAAGUUGCUUUUAGUCAGAACAUUUUUAUCACAGAAACAGAAAGGAAACCAGAAUGUGGAGGAAGAAUGAGUUUGCCUGUGUGGCCUGAGGUUAUCUGUCUUCUGCCAUCUGUCAUUGCAGCUCUUAGUUCUUAGACCUUCAGAUGCAACCAGGACUUGCAUCAUCAACCACCCCCCACCUCAACCAUUUUCAGUUCUCCAGACUUUUGAAUUAAUACCACAGGUUUCCUUGGAGUCCCAAUUGUCGUUUAGACCUAACUUAUCAACCCGCAUUGACCCUUUUCAUUGGAGGAUCCAAUACAUUCUGACUUUGGGAGACAUUUAGGAAAUUCCUGACGGUUUCUCUUUUUGUUUUGUUUAACUAAACAGGAAGAAAGGGAAGGGGCUGGGGUUUAAUCAGAAACUAGAGAAGACCAGUUGCGUUAAGAAUGACCACCAAGGAGAAUGGAAAGGAGAUGAUCACAAAUCAAUUCUGUUUCUACACUGUACCAACCCAGCUGAGGUUGUGCAGUGUGUCAUCUUCAUGGUUUUCCUCUGUUGUGUCCGCAGCACUGGGUCUAGGAGUUAUGGAUGCAGAAUUGCUGGCUCCUCCUGGCUUGGGUGCUUGUGGCCUGGGCACAAGAGGGCUACUUUAGAGGAUCCGUGAACGAAUGACUCCCACGGCAGCCAAGGGCUGCACGGAGAAGGUUGUGAAAGGGACUAAGAACAGUGCAGAACACGGAGUUGAAAUGAGAGAUUGAUUUAGAAGAGUGCAGAGGGAGAGCAGUUGGAUUGAGUGCUUCAGAGGUCGGUCUUGUCUAGCUGAUGGCAUUUCAGGAAUCAGUUCUAAAGGUAGUCGAUUACCAUCACAAAUAGGUGAAAUCAUGGCAGAUGGCACAGUUGUUUCUUCCUCACAGCAACAGUCUGAUGUGGUUGAUGGAGAUGAUUUGCAUCACUAUAUUUCAAAAGUCCAGGGGAUAGAGCCUCUGUCAUUCUUGGUGGCUGUCAGUGGAAGGAGGAAGGAGGGGAGCAAGCAUGUGGUUUCAUGAUCUGCCUUAAAGAGGUUCACAUCUCAGUGACCAUAAGUCAGUCACACGCCAUGCCGAAUUACAAAGAAGUCUGGGAAAUGUGAAGUUGUGUGUCCUGUGAAAUGGGCAGUGGGAUGCUUAAUGUCCAUUGUCAACUUGACAGAGCCUAGAAUGACCUGGGAGAUAAGUCUCAGGGUGUGCCUGUCAGAGGUGAUCUUGUUUGCUUGCGUUGACUGAGGUGGGAAGAGCCACCCACUGAAGGUGGGACUGCAUGUGCAUGAAGCAAGGAGGAGAGCAUCAGCAUGUAGUCCCUGCUGUCUUCUUCCUGACCAUGGGUGCCAUGUGAUCACCUGCUUCAAGUUCUGCUGCCUCAACUCACCCACCAUGGUGGACUAGACCUUGAGCAGUAGGCCAAAAUAAAGUCACUUUUAUGAGGGCAUUUUGCCACAGCAACAAGAAAGGAAUCAAGACAGGUAGUGAACACCCUUACUACACUGGAGCCCCAGUGCUGUUUCUUCUAAAUAGUGUCUGUGGUUCCGAUACUGCUACUUAGUUUAGUUUUUAAAUACAGAGAUAAAGUUCCAAAAGGUUCACAUUAACAGAUCAGCUGAAGUACAUACUGAAUGAGGAGUCAAACUUCUGAUUCUGUUCCCUCCGUGUGUCCAUUAAAAACCCUGCUUAAAUUUGCCUCUGACCCAGUUUCCUUUCUUGAUGAAUGAAUUUUCUUUUUUUUUAAUCAGAAAUGUAUAUAUGAUUUCAAAAAUUAAGACAACCCCCAACCUACCACACCCAUUAUGCUAGUGGAAAUAUUAAAUAACAAAGGUCAGGGGCUGAAAACCUGUUUCAGCAGUUGAGUACUAGCUACUCUUCCAGAGGACCCAGGUUCAAUUCCAGAACCCACAUUUUGGCUCACAACUCUGUACUCUGGUUCCAAGUGAUCUGACACCCUCUUCUGGCCUCUUCAGACACUGCACGCAAGUGGUAUGCAGACAUAUAUGCAAGCAAAUACCCAUACACAUUCCAGGCCAGCCAGCAAAAUACCCAUACACAUUCCAGGCCAGCCAGCAAAAUACCCAUACACAUUCCAGGCCAGCCUAGUCUACAGAACGAGUUCCAGGAUAGGCUCCAAAACUACACAGAGAAACCCUGUCUCGUAAAACCAAAAAUAAAUAAAAUAAUGAAGUCACAGUGACACCCAGGAGGGCACUAAAAGUGUUGGCCUCCAUAGUGACCCAAAGCGGAUGUUGCAUCUGCUGACUUGUGGCUGUUACAAACAAGGCAAAUAAUUUUUAAGCUACACAAAUGGUUUCUCUCAGUUAACAAGACACAGUGUUCUUAUUUACUGUGCAUGUGUUUAUCUUUGAGUAAGAUAAGGUCUUUCCAAUUUGUGUAACAUCCAUCUCAGAUGUCCCCCCACUACGAAAACAAGGCAGGCACAGCAUCAGCUGAGACUCUGGGGGUCACUGGCUUGAGGUGAUGACCUCAUAGUCACUCCUGCACAAUGAGCAGCAAAGGCCUCUAGAGCAUGGGCGUGGUGGCCUGGGAAGGACCCACACACUAAAGAGGAAUUUCUCCACCAGAAGAGGCUUCACUCCAAGAACCAUGUGAUGACAUUCAAAGCUGUAAACUUGAAUGAUUGACCAUCUUCCUUUCUGAAGUUAUAUGGAAAUUUGUCAAAAUCUCAACCCUUGGUGGGGCAAGGCUGUUUGAAGAAACAUGGUGAAUUAUUACAAAGUACUAGGGGUGCCUCAGAAUGCCUCCUCCUCUGAUAUCAAGAAGGCUUUCCACCAGUUGGCUCUGCAGAUACACCCAGACAAGAAUCCAGGAGACAAGGAAGCAGCAGAGGAGAGAUUCAAACAAGUAUCAGAAGCCUAUCAUGUCUUAUCUGAUGCCAAGAAGCGAAAGGACUAUGACAGGUCCAGAUGGAGCCGUACCAGAGGAGAAAUCAGAGGUGAUGACCGUACCAGAGGAGAAAUCAGGGGUGAUGGCCAUACCAGAGGAGAAAUCAGAGGUGAUGGCCGUACCAGAGGAGAAAUCAGAGGUGAUGGCCAUACCAGAGGAGAAAUCAGGGGUGAUGGCCAUACCAGAGGAGAAAUCAGAGGUGAUGGCCAUACCAGAGGAGAAAUCAGGGGUGAUGGCCAUACGAGAGGAGAAAUCAGGGGUGAUGGCCGUACCAAAGUGGAACUCAGGGGUGAUGGCCGUAUCAAAGGGGAAAUCAGGGGUGAUGGCCGUACCAAAGUGGAACUCAGAGAUGAUGCCAGAGACAAAACCCAUUUGGAGGAAGAACUGUGCUUUCAGAGGCCACGCUGCAGCUUCCAGAAGGUCACUGAAGAUGAAGACCUCUUUUCAGGAGACUGCUGGUUCACUGGUCCCAUGGCUCAGUCCAGAAGAGCCUCUUCCCCCUUCUUUAGUGUCACGCCCAUCGUGGACACAGGAUUUUCUACUUUCGUGUCCCAAGGAUCAAAAUUGAGUCCUUGUGCCUCUGAGACACAUGUACCAUAUGUAAGCCAUGGAAUGGGAAAGUUCAGACUGGUCACCACUUGUAGCUGGAUAGUGAAUGGUAAGAGAGUUGUCACAAAGAAAGUUGUAGAGAACAUGAGAGGACCAAUGGAAAUAGAGAAUGAACGCCUGUUGUGUCGGAAUCCUUCACGUGAUUGGUAAGGAGCUGCCAUUUUAUUCUUCACUAGGAGUUGCAAAUGAGAUAUGUGUGUCUUGAUGCCCAUCAAAGAUGCUUGGGAUCUGAGGGUUGAGUGGCAGAGACAGAGGCCGUCCUAGCCUAAAGCUCUCCUCGCUGUGGAGGGGAGUCAUGGGCCAGAUGUUAAUACAGAAGACCAGUGAGGAGCAGCGCUGACCUUCCAGCCUGUGUUCUCACUCAGGGGGUGGGGGACAGACACAGCACAUGAAAGGCAGAAUCCCAGUGCCCUUCCACGGAUGUCCCACCUGCUGCUUACCACCCAGUGCCUCCUUCUUGGUGACUCUUCCUUUUCUUCCCCUAGCCUGUUUUUCUAUGUCUCUCUUUCUCUAUUCCCAUCUCACCUCUCUCCACAUGCAUUUCCUAUGGUUCAUAUCAUGAUCAAGUCUAAUUCAGUGGGUUAUCUACACAUAGAUUAAUGCUGACAGACAGUGAAAAGUCUCUGUUAAGGGUUAAGGAGAUAUAUAUGUGUGUGUGUGUGUAUGUAUGUAUGUAUGUGUGUGUAUGUAUGUAUGUAUGUAUGUAUGUGUGUAUGUAUGUACGUGUGUAUGUAUGUAUUGGCUGCUCAGUAGAUGUCUUGAAUUGUUCUCUCUGAAUUCUCCAGAAGUGCAGUCUAGUAACUGCUUCCCCAUCUUACAGAUGAGGAAAUGAGGCUUAAAGAGAUAGAGUAGCAUGCCCCGGCCCUACCCAAUCCUCAGUGAUAUAGUAGCUACUCUGUCCCCUGGAUUUAUAAAUCUGGAGCCUCGGCUAUUGGAAAUUCAGACCUAUCCUCUCCACACCUUGCAUGCAUGUAUCAGAACUUGCUAGAACUUCCUAAGUAGACAAACAUUUUAGCAGUCUGGCACAACAGGGAUUUGGAGUUUGCUUAUACAUGAAGACAGGAACACUGUAGCACAGUGAAGCUAGAAAAUGCUUGUCCAUUAACACAGAAAUCCCAGGGAGUGAAUUAUAUCUUUGUUCUCGCUUUAAUUGUGAUGUGUUUACAAAUCUUGGUUGUUUGUUUAUUCUGCUGAGCCAGAGUCUGUUGGUUGCAUUUCACCCCUCCAGUCUAUAUUAAUAAACUGCUGGGAUCCGGGUGAGUUCCUCCUUAGAAAAGCUACUGAUGAAGUCUGCGGUUUCCAGUCAAUGCUGGUUAGCAAAAAUUGGGUUUCAUUUGCAAUUACCAUCUAUUAUAGAAGUUAAAUAACAAAUUAUUAGCUCUUUUAAUCAAGGGACUUUCCCAUGGGUGAGAUUUUGAUGAGGCAAAUGUUUUAUGCAGUUCUUGAAAAUUUUAAUCUUGGUGAAUUUUCUCCCCUAGUGGGAAUACAUUUACAUCCUUCUGGCAAAGAUGCAGAAAGGAAGCAAAGGGUGGACUUGGACACAGAAGGCGCUGGUUUCUUUUAGUGCCCAUCAUUUGCUAAGGGAAGAGAAACAUCCCACUGUUUGGAACGGGGUGUGUAUUUAACUCAGUGCAGCUGGGGGUCCAAGGUUGCUAACGUUCACUAUUCAGAAAAGGGCAUGUGUGCCUAGUACCCACAGAUAGGGGUGUCUUGCUGCCAAAUGCAUUAGAAGAGGGAUGUGGACAUGGCUCAACCGGAUAGAAUCCCUGGUUGCUAAAUGGUUGCCUGUGCUUGCCUGCCCCCUAGGUUGUGGUAAUAGGAUUCAGAUUGCUGCCUGCCUGACCAUAUGCUCACAGCCGCCUAGUACUGCCUUCUGCCCUCCUGGGUCUGCGCUGCUAGAGUCAGGCUAAAGGGGAAAGCUGUGUGUGUGGAUGACAAUACAUUUCAACACGUGCACAGUGAGUGUCUCCAGAGGGAUCCCUUCUGCCCACUGCUCUGAGGUGAACGGCAGAGUGCCUGAGGGACAAAAGGAAAUCAUCAAAUUGGAACAUAAAACAUGAUUUUCCAUUUUGUCUCAAGUAAAAUCCAAAUCUCAGCAUUUUCACAGACACACUUGGCAGAAAUGCUGAGCUGCAGAGGGCUGUUUGGCCAGCGCAGAUUUCUUCUUUCCAUAAUUCACUUUCAGUUAGUAAAGGCAGUUUGAUUAUGCAGAAAUGCAAACAGGAUCUGAAAGCAGAGGUGCCUGUUUGGAGCAGAGAGGGUCAUAUCUGAGCAGGCGCUGCUAAGGGACUAUGGAGCAGGCAGGGCUCGGCUCCUUAGGCAUCACAAGUCUGAGUUCAUCUCACCCAGAGCGGAGGCUGAGCUCUGAGGCCACCAAAUCUUAGAAUGCUGUGGUCACAGAGUGCUCUCUGCUCUGCUCCUGGGGUUUCUUUGGGGACAACAACUCCUCUCAAGCAAGUUCACCUCGAAAUAGUUAACAGGCAACUCAGACUCUUACAGUAUUGUUGAUGGGCAGUCUUGAUCACUAACAGUGAGGGGAGAGAGGGGGAGGGAGGGAAGGAGGCAGGGAGAUUAAGCUGUAAGCUUUAGUACUGGUCACUUCCCAUGUUUGUGAGUAAUUUCCAACUGCCCUUGAAGCAGCUGCUUGUUUGUGUGUGGUGGUUGUCUCUCCCAAAUCAGCAUGAGAUGUUUUAGUAGCCGAAAACUGUUUCCCGAAGUCAGAAACACUGUGAGGCAGCUAGAAGCAAUUCCUUGUUCUGCUGUUUCAUGAUGGGUGGCUGACAAGUAAAAUGAGCAUGGCAAGGAGGUGUGUUGCUCGCUCAUAGCUCAAGGAGUGCAUGCAGGAAGGCCUCGUGGAAUCCUAUUGGAAGCCCUGCAUUCCCCCCAUCUCCCAGGGGGAGACAGGAGCAAGGGCCGCAGAGUGGGAAAUUCUCUAGCCCCUUUGACCUGGUGUUGUUUGUCUACACUCUUAGAGUUCAACACAUUUUCUCCACAGCCUGGCAAGGUCCAUGAGAGUGGGGAGCAAUGGCUUCCCUGGGGGAUGAAGUAAACAGGGUCACGGUUUUAUGUGGUCACUGAAAUGUCUCCUUUUCUCAUCAGCCGAGGUUGGUCCAAGAGUGUUCAGACAAAAUUAUGAACAGAACUCUUCAGCACAGCUGACCCAAGUCUCCUAAAGUUUGGGCUCUGCCUUAAGAGACAUACAAUUUCUUCCAUAAACGAUAACAAAAGCAUGGUCACGGCCAGCAUUCUUGGAGUUUCCUUUCCAUAAAUUCCAAGUACUCUCUCCGUUCUGACCAUUUUCAUCUCUUUGUUAGAAGCCCAUUUUAAUUUCCUCCCUUGUAGUCUCCAGAGUACCUAAAGAACCCAAGGGAUGGGCUCUCAAACACAAGGGGACAGGGGUUGGCAGCUGGCAGGGCCCUAACCUUCACAGCCUUGUUCUUGAUCUGUUGAGAGGAAGCGCGGUAGGGAGCCUCAGUGUGGAAAGUCGGUGGUUUUCAGGUUGAGGGAGGACAAGAGGAGAGUCUCUUUCAAAGGGGGAGCUGUGCUUACUGUUGCCCACUACUAUAAUUAGCAAGAUUUCCAGAAAGCUUUGAGUCUACUCAGUUAGGCUAUCUAGAUAACAAACAUUUAAUUGUGACAUUGAGCAGAGGGGACUGGGUUUUGGGGUAGAGUGCCGGUCCCCAUGCUGAUGCCCGUAAAGCCCUGGUUUCCUUCAGAGGGGAGAUAAGGAGACAGAAGGAAAGGAGACAAAGGCCGUGGACAGACAAGCUUUCAAAUCCCAUGCUGCUCUUCCCUAAUUCUUUUUGUGUCAAGCCAGUAAACUUCUUGCUCAAUCCUUGCUUUGCCUAUAAAUUAAGGAUGGUAAUCUCUGCCUGUUGUAAUUUAUAGACUGGUUUGGGAACUUAAGCAUAUAAAGAAUUCUAGCAAAUUUUAAUCUAUUUCAUGGGUGGAACAUGUCCUUAUCCCUUUCAGAAGGAACUUCUCGGAUCCCUGAGGUAGAUACAUACUACUUUAAACUUGCCUGUGGGUUUCUUAAGAUUUGUGAUAGGAUCUUGAAAACAAGAUCAGCUAUAGAGUGUGUUUAAUCUCAACACAGAGAUGUUUUGAAAUAGAAGAUGGAAGGUAUAAUGAAGAUUCCGUUUGACGCCAUUACAGUAGUUUUUAGCUGGAGAGGAGUGUUGUAACUCCCGUCCGUUUUCACCCUUCCUUGAUCUUCAUUCCCAAGAGCUGCUGCACUUGCUCACACACUGCCUUUCCUCUCUUUCC